AUGGGUUCUACUGCCAAGCGCAUCACUAUUUUUGGAGCCACGGGCAACCAAGGGGGGUCUGUGGCUCGAUCUCUGUUGCAAAACCCCGAAUUCCAAGUCCGGGGUAUUACUCGAAACGUUCAUUCGGAAGCCAGUAAAAAGCUGGCUGCACAGGGCGCAGCUAUUGUUGAAGCGAACGGAUUUGAUUAUGACCAGAUGCUGGCUGUAUUCCAGGAUUCCUGGGGUGCUUUUGUGAACAUCAACUCUGAUGACCAAGCAUUCAAAGACCCUGAUCACCCGACUGAGUUUGACAUGGGAAAGAUCAUUGUUGAUGCUGCUGUCAAGGCAGGUGUACAGUGUUUUGUGUUCAGCUCGGGACCUCCAUGCACCGAGAUGACGGAUGGUCUAGUUCGGAUGAAAGCCAUGGACAUGAAAUACAAGAUAGAGCAAUAUGCCAGACAGCUAGAGGCUUUCCAGUCUUUCGUUCCAAUCGGAGCCGGUUGGUUCCUAGAGAACUUCCUCGGUCAAGAGGUUGCUCCUGUAUUCGGAGGCUUUCCUCACUUUCCUGACAGUGAAGGAUAUUUGACGUUCCGUGUUCCCUACUGGGGUGGAGAAGAGAAUGUUCCUUGGCUGAGCAUUUCUGAUGAUUUUGGUGAUAUUGUUCAGGGGAUCUUUCUGGACCCCUCUCGCUGGAACGGUCAUUUUGUGCAUGGAGUGAGCGAUAUGCGCAGCUUUGAUGCAAUUGUGGCUGAGUUCAGCAAGGCCACCGGUCUCAAGUCUAGGUUUGAUCCUAUUCUACCAGAUUGGCAGGCCUUUGAUACCCAUGAUAUUCCUGAGUUGGAGGAUGUCAAGCUCAUGUUUGGGUUUACUCAGACUACUGGGGGAAAAUAUUUUGCAGAGCCCACAGAGAUUACCACCGCUGCUGUACUAAAGCGUGCAACGGCGGAGGCUCUUGAAUGGCCAGAGCAAAAGCAGUGUUUGAUAACACUCAGUCAAUGGUUUGCCGCCCGAUUUUGA